UGCACCCCCACCACAAAAUGGUGGUGGAGCAAAUCGAGGUCAUCGAGCAUCGAAUAAUUGAAGAGGGGCGUAGACCGUCUGGAGGUCCGCUUUUGGGAAAUACAGUGCCUUUCAGCACAAUUCGAGAGAGUCGAGAGUCUUAUGAGCAACGUGCAGAUGGUACAAUUCAUGAUAGAAGAUAUGAAGUGACUGGUGAACGGGAUGUUAGUAGGGAACCUUCAUUUUUGCAUACUUCUGCUAAUUACGGUCAACAUAUUGAGACGUCUCCACCACCUGUACAACGGUAUAACGUGAGUGGCGCAACGAAUAGCAGUUUCCUGAACACUUCUGGCGAUAGUCGAGUUAGUUAUCCUGGAGCUGACAGAAGCAAUGAUACGACAGUGAUAAAUAAUUAUGGAUAUGAUAUUCACGAAGUGCGCACUGAUGACGGAGGCGCCCGGAUAAUCGAAACUCACGGUAGUGGGCCACUUCGAGAGACGAGUCGAAUUGAGCAUGUGGAGGAGACCAUUACACGUCCCUCAGCCAUGCGGAGCUCAUCUGCAGCAGCCCAACGCAGUUCGUCCAACAUUUUCACAGUCCCGGCACCAGCGGCACAUGUUUCUUAUCGACAGGAGUUUGCCAGUGAUAAUGAAUCGCUUGCCCGAAAAGACAGCUACAGAGCCAUGCAAUCCUCGUGGGACGGAGAUGAGAAGAAAAUGACGUCGACUUUAAACUCACGAAGAUUCCCACCCCAGUCACAGACAUCGCUGGUAUCCAGAGAAACUGAUCAGCAUUCUGGGAAGAAAAUUGGAUGCUUGAAAAAGAUUCGGACGUUUUAUCAAGGAGUUCGAUAUGCAUUUGAAAACUCCGAGUACACCCCAGAGCUCCUGCGAAGUCUAUGCUGCAUUCUCCUGCUUCUAUUGCUACUUUUAUUCCUGAUGUUCAUAAUUUUCAACGCGAUUUUCAACCGAUACGCUGUUUCGGAAUUCCUGCUAUACCCACCAGUUUGCGAAGAGUGCCGGAGGAAAAACCCGGCACUGGUCUCCGCUGCUCUUCCAUCUUCAGUUUUUGUGCAUUUCUUUUCAAAGCAUCAAGCACACUUCGAACUACGAGGAAAUCAACCGUUCAAAUCGAAUAGUUUUACUGCCGUCGAUUUUAAUACGGGCUAUGUUGCUUACGCCGAUCAUUCCCUAACCGAUGCAAAUGGAAAACAUUUCACGUGCUUCUUGAUGCCUUUGGACAGAAGUGCAAUUGAUAGCAUUGAUCAACUCUCUGAAGCUGUAUCCGAGUCAAGUUAUGAAAUCCAAUCUACUUUCGGCUGGCAAGAAUUCUAUCAAUUCGACCCGGAGAAGAUCGAGCCUAUGACUGCAAAACAAAAAUUUACUGAAGAAAUUGACGACUGUGAGGGAGCUCAAUGGUAUUUGUUGAGGCAAACUGUCCAUGCUAGAGAUGCAUCAUGCAGUGAAUGUUAUGACUUUUGCUUGCCGGAUUGGGCAGUUGUGAGAAAGGAGAAGUAUGAAGACGAGUCGACUUUAGGAGUGAGACGGCUCAACUGCUUCAGACUUUACGUGCCCCAGUGGAGUAAUUUCAGAGUGGAAACCGACAUCGGCGGAGGCCACUGGAAAUACCCACUCUCCAGCGAAAGCACAAAGAGGGACAAGAACGGAGAAUGGGUUCACUGGAUCCCAACUACCAACGCUCAAGGAUUCUCGAGAUCAAGAAAAAGCAUUAAUAAUGCAACAUUAGUUUAAACAGUUCAAAAUUGUAUCACUUAAACCAUCCUUAUUGCCUUUUCACCUAAAAAUUUCACUUGUAUAGACUAAAAACCGUGCCUUUUUCCAUUUUUCCUAUACAUUCCCAAUGCUCAUUCAUUUCAAAAUCUCUUUUCACUUUCUUUUUGAAACUCUUUCUGAAAUCAUUAUAUCAUGACUAUCACUUAACCAUAUUCAAUAUAAAACUGCCACUUCCUC